CUAAACUCCACAGGAUGCUACAUGGCAGGCGAUUCACGCUACUGGCCGAUCACAAGCCACUACUUUCAAUCUUCAGUUCUAAGAUUGGCAUUCCUGGACACUUGGCUAGCCGAUUUCAGCGUAUGGCUGUUAUUCUUCUUGGUUACGACUUCGAAUUCCGCUACUGCCGUACUCAGGAUUUCGGUCAAGCCGACAGACACCCGCCACAUCCCAAAAUAUGCUACAGAAUACACGGUGAUCACCGCUGUUACCGUCGAAGAAGACGUUCGUCAUCAACUCUCGAACGCUAUCCGAAGUCUCCCUGUCCUGCGAACAGCCGUCCCUUAGGUUAAGACGCGCUGACCAAACACUGCCUUGUCUGGUGAGCUCAAGCAAUUGUAUCAACGUCGCAAAUCCUUUU